CACCCAUCAGAGGGCAUAAAAGUUAAUCCAGAUGACACUGACUGGCUCUAUGGUGUUGACAAGUCAAAAUUCGCCAUCGCUGGGGAGGGCGAUGUCCGCAACGAGGAACACGAGAGCAACGAGGAACACGUAGAUGAUGAGAUGGAGGACAACAACAGCAGCACUGACAGUGACAGUCUACUGGAAGAAUUCACGCCUUCCAAAGUGAUUAUGAAGCAGGAACACAAGGCGGAUGUUGUUGACUCCUCAGUACCAAUUAUGGCAGCCAAAUCUGAAGAAUCACUUGAAGAAAUAAGGCUUGCCAACCCUGACCCCAAACAGUCUCCACCAAGCAUGCGUUUCGGGGACGACGAUGAUCCGGGCUGGAAGUCUCGACUCCUAAUAACGGGAGGCAAGUUCUACUGA